AUGUUUACUCAAUCAAUACCAGCGCCUGCGCCUGCGCCCUCGCCCUCUUCUCCGGGUCUCCACGCUGUUUCAACAACGACGCCUGCGUCGCCGACCUCGCGAACCAGUCGGCUUCGCGGCCUCAGCUAUCUGCGCAACUACACCCAGAGUCACUUGCUGAACCGCGAACACAGCUCUACAGGUGCUUCGAGCACGGGCAGUGGUAACACCACCGCUGGCACUGGCAACGCUGCCAACCACUUAAAUCAGCCUUCGCCAUCGUCACCAUCGACUGCAAGCGGUGGCCUCGGGCACUCCGAGACGUAUCCGCUCCGUCAGACCCAGUCUGCCGCGGCUGCACCGACCUCGUCCACCUCUUCGGCUACCGUGAUAGCAUCGGCGGUCGAUCCUGGUCUGUGUCUCGCCCCUGCGGUCUUGCACCCGCUCAGCAUCACAUCGACCAACUCGUCGCAGUCAGUGGCCAGCGACGCCGCUGCACCCCAAUCCGGGUCCCGGGCCCCGGCGGACAACCAACCCGGCGCGUCCACUACUGCAUCUGCUACGUCUGCGUCUACGACCACCAACAGCCCCGCUGCCGCCUCGCUGUCUUCUGCCGCCGCCAUGGCACCCUCUGUCGCCCCUCAAACGACACCGACUGCUAACGUCAUGACUCGGUCACGUUCGGCUACCGAGCCCGGCGCUGCCAACGGCGUUAACAUCGAAAGCCUGCCCUCGAUCCGGUUCUCGACGUUUUACGAUCCCCGUGCUACAAGACCGUCGCUUAAGUUUGCGCCUAUGUCACGCACACUGCCGACAGGCAAGGAGCUGAUUCGCGUCGGGCGUUAUUCGGAGCGUGACAGCCAACCAAACGUCAGCGCCAAUGUGCCCUCCGCUGCACACGUGGGCUUCAAGUCCAAGGUCGUCAGCCGGCGGCACUGCGAGUUUUGGUACGAAAACAACCGCUGGUACAUCAAGGACGUGAAGAGCUCCAGCGGCACAUUCCUGAACCAUAUCCGGCUUAGCCAGCCGGGCACCGAGAGCAAACCCUUUCCCGUCAACGACGGUGAUAUUGUCCAGCUGGGAAUUGACUUCAAAGGCGGUGAAGAGAUGAUCUUCCGCUGCGUUAAGAUGCGCGUGGAAUUGAACCGCGGAUGGCAAAACAAACUAAAUGCCUUCAACUUUAUUUGCCCCAACUGCCGUGCCGCUGUCGAUCUUGAGGCCGACGUAGAAGACCCGCCAGAGGAAUGGGAGACGAUGGACAUCGAGGAAGAAGAGAGCGUUGUCGCCGGUGCGAACAACGCUCGUUCAAAUGAUGCCUCUGCCCACCAUGUCAAGCCCCGAAUGCCCAGCGAUCAACGGGCUGGUGCGUUGUCCGCCAGCGCCGCGGCUGCUGACAUUGGUGACACGACCAUGCAGGUGGACUCGGUCAUGGAAGAUAUUGACGAGACAACAAGCACCGGACCGGCGGCUCUUGCCCAGCAGCAGCAGCAGCAGCAACGGAACGAACGUCGGGAGCUCGAUUCACGGCUACAGCGACAAUUGCUGGUCGAGCAACAGCAACAUGAGGACGAGCCAGAGCCCGUGACAGAGAGCCACGUCUCUCACGCCACAUCUCACCCGGUGCCGAUUCCUUCCGGGAGCCGAUUUCCCUCGACCAGCAGCAUCGCUAACGCGCCGCCGACAGUGUCUGUGAACGGCAACGGAAUCAAUAAUGAACGAACGCCUUCUCCUACCGAGCGCCACAUUGCACCUGUAGGCCACGAGGGCCCCAUCACACCUCGGAACGACGCCGGGCCUUGGGUGUUCGAUGGCAGCGGCAUUAGGAUAGGCAGCAGCCGCGCGAGUACCGACAGUCGGCGAGGUGAGAUGCGCAGUCUGGACACAGCUGCAGCGGAGAUCUCUGGCCAAUUUCGCACCUAG